AUGGCUAACAUACACUCGUUUUUUUGCAGUUUCUUCAUUCUGCUGCUUUCGCUUAGAAGUUGUUUAGGGCAGCUUGUGAUCGACAGUCCUUCAGCAGGCUCAACUUUUGACGUUGUUGGCGGUGAAGUGACGAUUCCAGUCAAGUGGGAGGACGACGGAAAUGACCCCACCGAUGACCAAAUUACUUCAUAUGCUUUCAAGCUUUGUACCGGUCCGAAUCAACCAAUCGAAGGUUUGCAGCUGAUAAAGGGCAUCACCCCAAGUCAAGUUAAAGGCAACUCAUACGAUGCGGUUUUCGACGCUGACAAUGGAGCUGACGGUUCGUACUUUGUGCAGAUUUACUGUAGUUUGUCCAAUGGUGGUUACAUGAUUCGUUAUUCUGACCGUAUUCAACUUUCUGGCAUGAGUGGUAGCUACAAGCCAAGCGGUUCAGGUCCUUCACCAGAUGGUGAGACAAAUUCUGAUGACAAUGGACAGCAGAACGAUGCCGACAUUUCAAAAUCGUUUACUGUUCCUUACACGCUGCAAACAGGAAAGACUAGAUUUGCCCCAAUGCAGAUGCAACCUGGCUCAGAAAUUACAGUUAGCAGUUGGUCUAGACGUUUUCCUUCUUCUGCUGUUACUUUCUACAGCUCCUUUGCUUCCCAGCCAAAGAUAAUUUCAACGAGAACACCUGGUUGGUCGUACACCAUGAGCUCUUUUGUUAACUAUGCUACCCCUGCUCCUUUCCCCAGUGUGGUGGGAUGGUACGCUCCAAGUAAAAGGCUACAGAGUGCAUCACUCGAUGCCCCAAUGCCGGGUGCAUCUGCUGAUGCAAAGAGAAAGCUACAGAAAAGAAGAUGGGUAGAUUAA